AUGUUACCAUUUGAAAUUAUGAAAAAUAGAUUCAAGUUAAUUCAAUAAUUCAAGUUACUUACUCUAACCAAUUUUUGAGUAUUAAAGUUGUAUUGGUUUUUAAAUGACUAGGCUUGUCACAAUGAUAUCUGUAUUGACUUGUCGCACAAUGUAUAAACAUGACCUCAAUAAUUUUUGGUGACGCGAUAGAUUGCCCAUUGUGUUUACAUAAAAAUGAUUGUCCAAUGGCACCAUCUCCAACAUCUCAUAUACUCUUUAGUGAUUCGCUGAUUAUUUGCAAAUGUUAACCAUCAGAGUAAUACUGUAUAAUUUGCACUUGUUUUAAUGUCUUGUCUGUUCACUAUUCAGUAUUCAAAAUAUUCAAGCGAGCAUUGAAGUGCAAGAAGAUUUCAGAACUUGUGCACGGUUUUCGUUGCACACACACAGAGCCGCAUUGAUAGCAUGUGAACAACACGGCUUGGCUACCGUGGUUCUGUUGUAUUUAUCUGUGCUUGUAGUUUAUUACUUUCUAUGCAGAUACACUCCCCUACAAAAUCGCCCAAUCAUUCUAGAAUGACUAAAGGGAUACGGCUUACACAGAAAUGACAAUUCUGUUAUUUACCCUCCAGUUGUUGCAAACCUUUCUUUAAACACAAUUAGGGGUGUAACGAUACACUCAGCAUCCUGUAAAUAUCCCGAUGCAGGGUUCACGAUACGUAUCACAAUAUGUUAAACAAAAUUUAAAUAUGAAACUGAAAUUCAAGUAACAAAGAUUUAUGCUUGAUCGUAAUCUCUGCGGUGGAUGCGCACUGUAUACAUGUUUCAUAUGGAUUACAUAGUCUAAGAAUGUUUUCUAUUUGAAUUGUUUCAUUAUUAAAACAUUUCAUGUUGUAUAGAUAUAUUUUUCAUGUCUGUGAGGCAAUGGAGUUUCGGUUCAUUUUUGACAGGUCAGAGGGACCCAGGCAGCAUAAAUAGUAUCCUGUUUGGUUUCAUUAAUUUACAGCACACAGCGUUUUGUAUUUGAAGUGUUUGUGAUCGCAUUGGCAUGUCAUUUUAAAUGUCUUGCAGUACAAGCACGUUAUAUAUUUUAUUCCACAAAAACACUUAAAUGCACACAUUUAAUUAUAGACAUUAUAGCCUACAUGUAAUAUAAUUUUUUUUUAUAUUAUUAUUUUUAUUAUUUGUGAUAGAGCAGACACUGAGUUUUUAAAUGGGUUAUGUUAAAGCCCUACUUGUUAAUUAAUUAAAAGACAUCAUAUCGUAAAAUAUCACCAUUACUCUCAUACUGCGAAAUAUCAUUACAACCACUAAAUACAAUAAAAGAUGUUUUGAAACAUGUAGUGUUAUUUACAAAUUACUGACAUGCAAGGAAAAAAAGCACUUAUAACAAUUUAAAAUACUGUUAUAGUCAAACCUGAACAUUGUGUUCUCUGUGUUUGUCUGUGAUACCAUUUCUUCCCCAUUGUGCUUACACACAUUACACAUUGUGUAAUAUUUGUACAAUCAUGCUAAUAUAGACUAACUAGUGAAAAAAAAGUCAGUAAUAUCAUUUAUCACAAUUGAUUUCUGGGACAAUAUGUAGCACCAAAAAGUAUUUAUUGUGACAGGCCUAAGAAUGAUAUAUGAGCAAACUAUUCUUUUAUUGUUUUAACUUAGAUGGUGCUAGCUGCCUUAAAAGAAAAAUCAAAAGGAGAUGAAAUCCUUGAAGAGUACAAGGCCACCAAUACUUUGUCAAAUGAAAUGAGAAGGGCACUUUUAUGAUGCAGCAAGUGGAAGUGGUUAUCUUGCUUGGCGUUUAAAAACCGUUCAAAGAAACAACUCUCGUCACACUGAAAGAAAGAAUAAGCCUAGCUCUGAACAAGGAGGUCCAAACAUCAUGAGAGACAUUAGCUUAGAACAUCAGCUUGAGGGAGAUGCUCUUGUGGAGGCCAUUUCACUUCUUGCUCAUACAGGAGUUGAAGAAACCAUUUUUGAAAAGAUGAGACAGACAUUUCGCUAUCGCCAGGAACUUGUUCACAAUGCAGAUACAGCAACAAAUAUCCUAAAAACCUUUCCAAGGUUUUUAGACACCAAAGGAUUGGUGAACCAAGAUUUUGUUCUUCUGUUCGAUUUGAACACAUCCUCCAAGCUCUUGGAAAGGUGGGAUGGAACCUUUAAGCCAAAAAUCAUUCAAGAAGCAAGAAACUUGACUAAGACAUCUCCUGUGCAACCUCUCCUGAUGUCAGCUGAGAAAGCCCCUGAGAAUGCCACAGAUUCAAACUGGGACAGUGAUUUAUCUACACUGCUUUUACUGGUUCACCUUCUUCCACCAUCUGCUGGUCGAAAGAUUGCUGCAAAAAUAAGUGCCUCUGAUGCAGUUGAGAAACUUGUGGUGUUUCAUAAGUCAUGCUGCAGCAUUGAUGAGCACCUGAGGAAAAGCCAAAGUCAUCAACCAUAUCUUCUAGCCAUGGGGAGGAGUCGAGAUGUGAUUGACAGCUACUACAUUGCUCUGGAUAACAAGCUUAUCCCUUGUCAGAUGGCUGGUUCUCUGGGUGCUUUGGAUGAGCUCUUCAAAGUACACUACAUUUUUAAUAUAUCCUACGACAGUGCUCUCAUCAACUUCUACACUUUCCUGCAGACCACGGUUUAUAACAUCGAUGUUGGAAAAACAAAAGAGUCACCAAGAGUGAAAGAACUGCGAGCUAAACUGCUGAAUAGCACCUGAGCUGAAAUCUUGAAAAAAUGUUGCUCUGCUUUAGAUGUGAAGGGUUGUAUGCUGAUGCCCAUUCACUGAUUUCACAUUUGAAGUGUGAACAUGGCUUCUAUCCCACUUCUAAGUGUAGACUUGUUUGCAGUCAGCAACAUUGCCGAAAGCAGUUUUCCACAUACUCUGGGUUUAGAAAACUUUGGACAAAAUUCAUGUUCCUUGUUCAGUUUUUCGUCCCACUCAUUUUUGUACCCAGUCAGAUAGAGUACAGUCUGAACUCUCAGACGAGGAACCUCGUUUAGAUGAUGAUUGUGUUGAAAGUGAUCCAGUUCUUUCUAAAGAGGAUUUAAAGGACAUGUGUGCUUCAAUUGUUGCAAACCUGCAGGGAAGUGGUGCUUCUGGUUCCACAGUUUCAUCGAUUAUAUGUGAUCUUGAAGAGUUUACCACUGAGUUACAUUUACAAAUGAAGCAGGAUGGUGUUAGACCAGACUCCCCUGAACCUUUUAAAAAGAGUUUUGAAAAUCCGUUCACCAGUUUUAAUUCUGAAGCUAAACGAGCAAAGUUUUUCAGUGAAAGAUGGGGAAUUGUUCAACCAUUAGAAAUAGUUCUUGGUGUUAGGUAUGACAAUAGACGAAACAAAAGAACAGGCACCUAUGACCAGGUUCCAGUUAAAGAGACUUUUGUGUACAUCCCCAUUUUGGAUAGUCUAAAAUUUAUGUUUCGCAACACAGAUAUUUGUAAGCAUUUUAAAUUGGGGUUUGACAUCAGUCCUGAUGUAUACAAAGACUUUAGUGAUGGAAGUUACUGCAGAGGCCACCCAUUGUUUUCAAAACACAGUUCCUUACAGAUCCAACUGUAUUACGAUGAUUUCGAGACGUGCAAUCCCCUGGGGUCAAAACAUGGGAUUCACAAGAUCGGCUGUCUAUAUUUUAUUCUGAGAAAUCUUCCACCUAAGUUCAACUCUGCUGUACUGAACAUCCACUUAGUUUCUCUCUUUCACUCUCAAGAUGUUAAAAAAUAUGGAUUUGAUGCCAUUUUAGCUCCUUUGAUAAAUGAUGUUAAAAUUCUUGAGAAUGAGGGGAUUUAUUUGCCCAUUUCUUCUGAAAAGGUUUAUGGUUCAAUUUGUCAGGUAGUAGGAGAUAACUUGGCAAUGCAUGCUCU